AUGGCUGCGUUGAUGAUGGUUAGAGAUAUAAAACCACGUAACGACGGGAACGAAGAACAUGAACAACAGGAUACUGGUCGGGUUAUUCGAGACAUUAAAAACGUGUAUCCUGAAGUUAUUGAUUUAUUUAGAGGAGUUAAUGAUUCAAUUUCAAAACAUUCUAUAACCCUCGAUGAAGAGAAUAAAUUAACAGAUUAUAUAUUCGUCAUUAUUGCAGAAUUAAUGAAGAGAAUAAAUGAAAAAGGAAUUGGUGAUAUCAUUAAUGUCAGCGAUGUAAUGAUGAAAAGAAAUUUUGACUCAUUAUUUACAAAACCGAAAACAGAAUAUAGUCUUUAUGACGUAAUUACCGAAUUAAUGAAAAAGAUUAAUGAUAAUAAGAGUUCUGGCGGAAGAGUUGAAUUAGAAGUGAAUGAUGUUAAUGAGAAAUUAGCCGAAAAAGCAGACAAAAAUGAGCUUUUAGCUCUGAGUGAUAAAGUCAAGAACCACAUUCAUUAUAUAACUUCAGACGAACAGAUUAUAACGGACUACCAUGGAUAUUUAACACGAAGUGAUGAAGCGAAGACAAAAAAUGUUAAUGAAAGAAGAUAUAAAUACAUUCGUGCUAAAGGUUAUGACAUAAGCUGUACUGUACAGUAUGAUGUAGCUAAAGCACCAGAAGCAUUUGGUUAUACCGGUGAAAUUUAUGCCUCUACUUUCAAUGUUAACGGUGUAUUAGUUGAACCAAGAUUUACUUUGAGAGUUAAGGCAAAAAUAACGUUUGAAGAUGCUAUUAAAAGUAAAGCUGACAAAGUUGAACUCGAAGCAAUGAACAAAGUUUUGAAAUCUCAUAAACACAACAUCUCCGAUAUAAAUGAACUUCAAGCUACAUUAGACAGUAAAGCCUACAAGAACCAUACACAUGAAUCCUUCACUACUGUUAGAGCAGACGACA